AUGUCAUUUCUCACUGACUGGCUCAAGGCACGUUGGCAGCCGGCUGCUGAUAAAGCCCGGUCCGGCCGCGCUAAACUCCGUCUCCACACCCUCAACAAGAGAUCACUCCAAGUAGCCUCUUCGACGACGUCUUGGCAAACUCCGCCUAGCUCUAGCGGAGACCCCACUCGAGAUGACAUUCUACGCGCAUUCGCCUGUAUGCCGAUGGAGGCAGUUCUCGAUCAUCUCGGGACUAGCCUGGCUGGCCUUUCCAACAUUGAAGCGGCGGACCGUCGCCUUGUAAAAGGCCCCAAGGUUUUGUCAUCCCAUCAGCCGCCCUCGUGGUUUAUGCUUCUGCUGUCGGUGAUCCCGAACCCAUUCAAUAUCCUCUUGAUCUUCCUGGCCAUCAUCAACGCCGCUAUACCUCCUCCGAACUGGAAAGGGUUUGCCGUUUUGAUGGCCAUGGUGGUGGUUUCGUGUGCCGUCAGGUUCUCGCAAGAAUACCGAAGUGCUAUGGCAAUGUUUAGGCUCCAGGCAUCCAUCAGCACCAGUUUCAAAGUCUGCCGACCUACCGCUCGUGGCGAUGUCCUUGACAAACAUCCUGCACCAACGGAAGCAGAGGCAUCAACAAGAGAUCUUGUACCGGGUGAUGUCGUGCUCUUGUCACCAGGUGCCGUGGUGCCAGCCGACUGCCUCAUUUUGGAGUCGUCCUUUCUGCGAAUCGGCCAAUCCACUUGGACGGGUGAGAGCGAGCCUACGGCGAAAAUGCCUAUUCAAGACGGCGGAAAGGAUGAUAUCCCUAUCUUUGACCAGGCAAAUAUUAUCUUCAUGGGUACGAGCGUUGUUUCUGGGAGCGGAGCAGCUCUCGUGCUUCGGACAGGUGAUGAUGUUCUAAUUGCGAGUAUGGCCAAGGAGCUGGAGAAACGCCGCAAGGUCAAUGCCUUCCAGAAAGGAAUUCGGGAUGUCAGUUGGAUGUUGAUCGGUUUCAUGGCCGUAAUGGUUCCCGUUGUACUCUGUGUCUCGGGGAAAACGACUGGGGACUGGGGAAAUGCGGCACUCUUCAGCAUCAGCGUCGCUGUCGGUUUGGUCCCAGAGAUGUUGCCCGCGAUUGUAAAUGCAAACCUUGCCCGCGGCGCCUACCAGCUCUCAAAGAAAAAGGCCAUCGUCAAGCGGCUCGAGUCGGUACAGAACCUCGGCGCUAUGUCUGUCCUAUGCAGCGACAAGACGGGAACUCUGACCAAAGACGAAAUAUCUGUACGCAGCUAUCUCGACAGCACCGGAAAAGAAAACAUCGAUGUCCUAAAACUCGCCACCAUCGACUCUUCAAUGCAGGGUAGUAGCGGCAAUAACAUGGAUGCUGCUAUUCUCAAUUUUCGCUUGGCAAACAGGAUUUCCGUUCCAGUCGCGCAGCACAAGAAAGUCAUGGCGAUUCCAUUUAACUUCGAACGUCGUCGAUCAGGUUGCAUUGUUCGCGGCGUAACUGGUGCCAACAUCCUCAUCUGCAAAGGUGCGUUUGACGAGGUGCUUGCUCUCUGCUCCUCCGUACGAGUAGAUGGGCAGACAGCUCGCCUUGAUGAGAAGGCACGCCGAAAUUUGGAGCGGAAAGUGGGCAAGCUAAGCGCUGAGGGCUACCGCGUCCUUCUGGUGGCCAUGAAGCAAAUCCCCCAGUUCGAUCUAGAUGACGGGGACCGCCUAGAGGCUUUAGAGUCGCAGAUGAUUCUUGAGGGCAUGGUCAGCUUUUCUGAUCCACUCAAGGAUGAUGCCGCCCAGUCCAUUACCAAACUCAAGGCACUGGGCGUGGAGGUCAAGAUUCUUACCGGAGAUAAUCUAGCCGUCGCUCUCAACGUCUGCAGAUCGCUUCAAUUAGUGAACCAGGAUGAGGUGGCAGAAGAUGAGAUCCAGUCCAUCUCAGGCCCGGACUUGGCACAGCUCGAAGGAGACAUCGAGGAGUUCGACCAAGUCGUCAAGAGUUGCAAGGUCUUCGCGAAAUUGACACCUGAUCAGAAAGCCAUGGUUGUGGCUAGUCUACACAAGGCCGGUCAUUGUGUGGGAAUGUUGGGCGAUGGUGUCCAUGAUUGCAUCGCUCUUCGUGAGGCAGAUGUUGGGAUUUCUGUUGAUUCGGGGGCUGCUGUUGCGAAGGACUGCGCCGGUCUCGUUCCGACCGAGAAAGGGCUGAUGACCAGUCUACAACUGCUCGCCCAGAAUCUUCUCUACGAUAUAAGCCAGAUUGCACUCCCGUGGGAUCGGGUCGAUGCUGAGUACUUGCAGCUGCCUAGAACGUGGAGGCCAGUUGAACUCCUUCGGUUUGUCAUUGUUCUCGGGCCUACCAGUUCGACCAUUGACAUUUGUACCAUUCUGCUUGGGUGGUUCUUCUAUGGCGUGCAGGGAGCCGGCGACGCACAUGCUGUGAAACUUUUCCAGACGCAUUGGUUCCUCCAAGGGUCAGUUUCGGCCGCCCUCUUUUCCCUUGUCCUUGCUCUCACUCCCCGACUCGAGCCUAGAUUCAGCGGAUUAUUUAACAACUUCGAUAGGCUUCUUACGCAAACCUUGAUUGUCCAUCUUCUGCGAACAGCCAAGAUACCCUUCCUGCAGAGCCGAGCAUCGCCUGUUCUUGUCGCCUCAACUAUUUCGAUCAUGGUAAUUGGCUUCGUCAUCCCUUGGAUUCCUCCAUUUCAGUCGGCAUUUUCCUUUGCCCAGCCUGCGGCCUCUUUCAUAGGAUUCCUGGCGGCCGAGUUACUCGUAUAUUGUCUCGAAGUUCAACUCGUCAAGGUUAUCUACAUUCGACUCUUCGGCUCGUGGCUGUGA